UAAAGUUUUGAUUUAUAAAUCUAAUCUUGACUACCAACAAUUCUCUGCGUCUCCUUGCCAAACUAGGAGGAACUCUGCUGGUAGAACUUUGCAAAAGCCAAUUGGACACGAGGGGGUGGGGAGACGCAAGUGCGAAAGAGAAUUAAGGAGCUAAAGCAGAAACGAGUGGCUCGUCAAACUCUGUCUUGCAGCUGAGGAGGGUGCGGGGAUGAAUGGCAGGUCCGAGACAAGGGAUGUGGGAUUUUACUUGACUUCGUGGUGAAACAGUCUUCCUACCGAGCCGUGCGCCUUUACGCGCUUGGAGAAGCCUGCGGGAUUCGGGGCGACAGUAAACCAUUCUUGCAGCUUUUUACCGGGCAAACAUGACAGAGGAGAACAAGUCGUCGUCGGACCAUCCGUGCAGCCCAGCAGGCAGCGACAGCUCCGCGACCCCCCACGGCUCGGAUUCAGAGUCCCCGGCGUCUCCCGGAGGAUCGGACGCGCAAGGGUCCGCGUCCGGAAAUACGCGCGGGCCGGGGAGCAGCCGGGAGGAUGAGCGCUUCCCCGCCUGCAUUCGCGACGCGGUGUCGCAGGUGCUGAAAGGUUACGACUGGUCGCUGGUACCGGUGCCCAGUCAAGGCGAGAGGGGGCUGAAAAACAAACCUCACGUGAAACGGCCGAUGAACGCGUUCAUGGUUUGGGCGCAGGCAGCGCGGAGGAAGCUGGCGGACCAGUAUCCUCAUCUGCACAACGCUGAGCUCAGUAAGACGCUGGGGAAACUGUGGCGGCUUCUCUCUGAAACCGAGAAGCGUCCUUUCGUCGAGGAGGCAGAGAGGCUGAGGCUGCAGCACAAGAAAGACUACCCAGACUACAAGUACCAGCCUCGGAGACGCAAGAGCACCAAACCGGCUCAAGGGGACUGUAAACAGGGACUGGCCCAGUUGCAGCAUCAGCAGGGCUUGUAUAAGACGGAAGCAGGGUUGGACAGGCUGGCUGAGACAGGGGAUGUACACCAUCAUUGCCAUCCAGACAGGACAGGUCAGUCUCAUGGACCUCCAACACCUCCCACUACCCCUAAAACCGACCUUUACAUGGGGAGCAAACACGACGCCCACCGCCUUGUGGACGGCAGCGCCGGCUCUGCUCCUCCUCCCAGCCGUCAGAACAUUGACUUCAGCAACGUGGACAUCUCAGAGCUCAGCACUGACGUCAUCAGCACCAUCGAUGGAUUUGACGUCCAUGAGUUCGACCAGUACCUGCCUCCCAACAGCCACGGCGCCGCUGUUCUAACCCCGCCGGAUACCAGCCAUGCGCAUAACAACCCCCCUGGAUCAUUCAUCUUACCUAGCAUCCACCCUCACUCCCACAGCUUUCCCACGUGGAUACCCAAGACUUCUGGUGGGACUUCCACUGGAAUGCCACCAUCUUCUUCCAGUCACGACACCCAUGGGCCCGAUGAGGACACCAGCCACAAACCUCAGAUUAAAACUGAGCAGAUGAGCCCAGGCCACUACAGCAGCUCGUCCCCCUCCACUCCUCCACCAACACAACCAGAGUACACCUCCCUCAGCUCCUCCACGUCUUCCACCACCCAAUCUGACUACACCGACCUUCAGAGCUCCAGUUUCUACAGCGCUUUCUCUGGCUACCCUGCCAGUCUGUAUCAGUACCCAUACUUCCACUCCUCCAGGGGGCCCUACGCCACACCGCUUAUCAACAGCCUGGCCUUGGCACCACCUCCGCACAGUCCUCCCUCUGGCUGGGAGCAACCUAUCUACACAACACUCACCAGGCCUUAAGGAAGAGGACACAAUAAAACUGGUCAUCCAGACGAAAAGUACUCAUAGUUUGUGAAGUGUGAAGGAGCAUAAAGACAAUUUUCAGUCAGUUGCUGAUAUUUUGACUUACUAAGAGUUAUUUUGAAGGUUUUGACCAGUUUGGAUUUCCGAGGGACAGUGCUAGCAUUUGUUGGCCGAACGACACAUA